AUGAGUGCCCAAGUAUCUUUCUUGGAUGGCACUUACACCUUGAUCCACAUCCCUCUCACGCUGUACACCUCGUUUCUGCAGCCCAUCCUCCGUGUCCUCAUCCCCCAGACGCAAAACCUGCACAUUGGAAGGGAAGCUGCCGGUCAUCCUGAGCACCUGCAAGGGCUCUCCACCGAGAACCAGCAUGGCUUUCUCAACAUUAGCGUCACACCUCUCGAGUGCUCCAUUGUGUGCCACACGGCGUGGGCCAAAAACGUCUUUGAACCCGUCAUCAGCUCGCUUCCGGCGCGAGAGGCCAGAACCGUGUCCGUCUUUACCGAUUCGUACAUGAUACUGUCCGUCAUCAGUGCCGGCUUCGACGCCGCCACUCGGGUGCUGGAGCUGACUUCUCCUCUCGCCCUGGCCGGGAUCCCCAUCUUCUUCAUCACGACGUACUACUCCGACUUUGUGCUGGUGCCGACGGCCAAGCGGCAAAACGUCAUUGACGCCCUGCGCGAGAGGGGCUUCGAGCUGUCCGAGAACCAGUCCAGCUUUGUGGCGUCCCGGAAGAACUCGACCAGUCUGCAUUCCGCCUCCCCCCCCGGCACGCCGCUGCCGUCCAACAACGGCGAGCUCCAGUCGCGUACCUUUCACCUGCUCAAGACGCGCAAGGUGUCCCCGUACGUCGACGGCGGGCUGGAGCUGGUGCAGUGCUCGGGCAGGGAGAUUUCCCAGCUCGCCGACGCCUACGGCCACCGAUCGUCGGUGAGCCGCCAUGCGUCCGUCGACAACCGCGACGCGUGGAUCGAGAACGUCGACACCAAGCUCUACACCUCCAUCAUAUCCGUGCUCGUGUCGCAGCCGCGGUUCCUGUCCAUGACGCUGGUGCACGAGGAUCCGCCGUCGCUGCUGCUCGACAAGAGCCUCCUGCCCAUGUUUAGCGACUCGCUGGUCGGCGACACCGACACCAUCCUCAUCCCCAUCUUCCUCGACCUGGUCAAUCUGCCGUCCGAGGUGACGGGCAUCGUGUGCGGCGUGUCGGGCCGGCUGGUGGACGACAUGAAGAUGACGGCGACGUCGGAGCUCUCGUACGUGUCCACGGCGCGCGCCGGCGUCGUCAUCCUGCCAGAGGAGCAGUCUACUCGUGCGCUGGGCAUUUUGAAGCCGUUGCUGGAGACGGACUAG